AAAGGUGUCCUUUUUGUAGACGAAAGCACAUGUUUUGCAGCUUUUGUUGCCCUUUCACUUCGAGGCCAACGCUGAAUUAUACUCGUUAAGGGAGCCUACCACAAAUUGAGUUCAAUUGUGUUCACAUAUCCUCAAUUAUACCAGUGCUACUGGGUUGUAUCAGUCCCCGAUAGCGUUUGGCACGACCCAUAUUCUUGAACCGCCGCCACGAAUGCUGCGCCCCGGCAGCUUGCCUCGGGGUUCUAUACCCGGUAUUGGAGCAAAUGGGAAUACAACAUUGCUUCGUCCAGCGCGGAUUGCAAGGAAACGCAUUUUCCAGCACCCUUCUCCCCAGCCACAUUCGCCAUGCGAACCCCCGACCCUCCGAAACCUCUUCAGCUGCGCAGCACGCCGGCGUGAGCCCCAGCCAGACAUCGAGGACAUGAAUCUCGAACAACGCUUGGAGCAUUUGGACAAAAUAUCCGGCCGCGCUAACGAGGUCAGCAGCAUUUACACACGCGAGAUGAUGAUGCAGCAGUUGGGCAUCAUGGAUCCAGCAUUGUAUGCUCAGCUGGGAGAGGAGCAGGAAGGGGAGGAGGAAGAGACUCCCAUGGAAUUCAUUCCUUGGAACGACGACCCGCGGACGCAUGUGGUCAACAAUUCCGAAGUCGAAGUCCAUCCCGAUGGCCUGCGACGCCGGCUUGUCGCAACUGCCGACGCCGAGCCGGGAGAUCCUAUCAUCCAGGUUCCGUUGCACAACUGCCUGGUGCUGUACGUCGCUGAUUCCGAAAAGGACGAAGAAGACUCCAUCGAACGGCAGGAAGCCACAGCCGAGUUCGAGGCCAUGCAGCUGCAGUUCCUGGAGUCCUGGAUCGGCCGCCACGGCCCCCUCCCCCCCGGCCUCACCUCGCUGCUCUGCGACUUCUCGCUCUCCGCGCCGCCCGCCGACACCAAGAUGGCGCUGUGGCUGCUGUGGCUGUGGGGGCACACAUCGCAGGAGCAGGAGGGGGAGCAGAGGCAGGGGCAGGGCGGCAGCGGGGGCCCUGGCAGCAGCGGCAAGGGGGAAGAGGAGGAGGGGAAGGAGGGGCAGCAGCAGUAUGCGUACUGGCGUGAGGCGCUGUCUGCGCUGCCGCAGCCGGCCGACAUGCCCAACCUGGAGUUUUGCAGCGAGGACGAGCUGCAGCAGCUGCAGUGGCUGCCCUACUCCCUGCCCGCCGCCGUGCGCCGGGGCACCCUCGCCGCCUUCUACACCCGCUUCUGCUCCUCCACCCUGGCCGCUCUGCUGGGCUUCAUGCCCGCUGCCACCGCCCCCGGUGCAGGGGAGCUGGUUUCGGAGCAGGGUUUGGAAGCCGGGCAGGGGUCGCAGCAGCAGGAAUUUGAUCCGUACGCGGUCAUUGCAACGGCCAAAGCGGUUGAGGAGCUCGCGGAGGCGGAGUACGACGCGCAACAGGCGGAGGCAGCGGCGGUUGCGGCGCGGCGGUUGGCGCGAGUGGAGGCGGCGCAGUUUGGUGAGAUGGCUAGCAUGGGGUCAGCGCUAGCGGCGGAGGUGGAGGCGGCGGAGGCGGUGUCGGCGGCGGCGGCGGCGAGGACUGCUGCGGCGCAGAAGGCGGCGGAGGUGGCGGCGGGGGGGAAGGGCGGGCGGGAGGCGGCGGUGGCGGCGGCGGCGGGGCUGCGGCCGCUGCCUAGCUUCGAGCGGUUCCUGUGGGCUUACUGCCAUGCGGCUGCUCGCAGUGCGGGCAACGGGGAGCGACUGGUGUUCAUUCCCCAGGUCGACCCCUGCCUCUACACCUGCGACCCCCAGGCCCCCAACACCACCCUCACGGUGGUGGCGGACCAGGAGGGCGGGCUGGCGGAUCACUUCGCAGUGCUGGUGGCCAACAGCCCCCUCUCCCCCGGCGAGCCGCUGCUGGCCGCCUCCCCCGUGCAGUCCCGCAUGCCGCACUCGGGGGGCGGGUCCGCCGCGUCCGGCUCCACCACCCAGCUGCACUGCCUCACGGGGCUGGUUCCGGAGCCGGGGGGCAACCUGGCGGACCUGGUGGACUUCGAGCCGGAAACGGGUACUCUGGAGGACCUGUGGUACAAGACGCUGAUGGGGCAGGAGGAGGCCACCAGUUUGGCGGCGGUUACCGACCCCUACCUGCGCCACCUGUUGGACCUGAUUGCCGCCGGGGUCAAGGUGGACGCCAACCAGCUGCCGCCGCUGCAGAAGCUGCUGCCGGGGUUCAAGCUUUCCAAGCUGUGGGGUCCGGGGCUCAUAGCGGGAGUACGACACAUCCUCACACUCGAGGAGGCUGAUCUCGUACCCAUUGUGGAGGACGAGCAAGAACUUGUCGAGGCGUUGUACGACGAUGAAGCCCUAGCACUGGAAGCUGCGGAGGCGCGGAGGGAGGCCACGGAGCCCGAACGUCUUGAGAUGCUGCGGUUAACGGAGCGGGUGGGGGUUGAUCUGGGGUACGGCAGUGAGGGGUUGCCGCCGUUACAGCCCGAGGUGUCGUACAGCGAGUACGAGGAGUGGCGGCGGAACCCGGCGAGUACGGAGAUUGUGGAGGUACCGGCGGAUCCGGAGAUGCUGGAAACGGAGCUGGGUCGAGCCCAGUGGCGGCGGCUGCUGGCCGCCUGGAACUCGCUGCCUCGCCUGUCGCCCGACUCGCGGGUGCACGGCAGCUGCAUGGAGCGAGCGCUGGGGGGGGCGCCGCUGCAGAGGUGCUUCCCCGACCCCAGCUCCCUGCUGCGCGAGGUGGGGUCCGCGGAGUCGCUGCUGGCCUCCCUGCGCGCCGUCUCCUCCGCGCUGCCCACCUCCCUGGAGCAGGACGUGGCGCUGCUGGCGGAGGCACGUGCGGCGGAAGAGGAGGAGGAGGAGGAGGGCAGCAGCGGGCGGAGGAGGAGCCUGGCAGAUUUGAU